CAAAAUUAGGGCAUAUAUUCUCCCUCCUAAUUUACCCCAAAUUACUCCUCAACAAUGAUGAUGGGCGGCUGCCGCAUUUCGCAGCAGCUGCUCGAAUACAAUCCUUGCCAAUUCGUCACCUGUCGUUCUUGUCUCCACGGAACUGCUCCGCCGCCGCCUAGGUUUCGCUCUUCUUCCAGAAGAUUUUUGGGGUUCAAGCUGUCCGGCUCCAAUGACGACGGUUUAGCCAUCAGCAACGAAGCGUCCCAGCCCCAUCUCUUCAGCCCAGCUAAAAGCGGCGGGGAUCUUCCAUCUGAACGAGUCUCAGUAGCAGGUGGAAUAGUAGCACUAGGAAAGUUUGAUGCCCUUCACAUAGGUCAUCGGGAACUUGCAAUCCAAGCAGCGAAGAUAGGAGUCCCUUAUCUAAUGUCAUUUGUUGGAAUGGGAGAGGUGCUUGGAUGGGAACCUAGGGCACCUAUAGUGGCAAGAUGCGAUCGAAAACGUGUUCUUUCCUCUUGGGCUCCAUUUUGUGGUAAUGUUACCCCCAAGGAGUAUGAGGUUGAGUUUUCUCAAGUUAGAUAUCUCACUCCACAGCAAUUCGUCGAGAGAUUGGCAGUGGAUCUUGGAAUUCAUGGCGUUGUGGCAGGUGAAAACUACCGGUUUGGAUACAAAGCUGCCGGUAAUUCAUCUGACUUGGUGCGACUGUGUGACGAGUAUGGCAUGAAAGCGUGCAUAAUAAAAACCGUCAUGGACAAGCACCAAUAUUCUACGGAUGUGGGUUCUAAUUCUGGAAGCUCACAAGAGAGAGGGCAAGUAUCAUCCACGCGAGUUCGUCAGGCUCUUGGCAACGGGGAUAUGAGGUACGUCUCCGAGCUUCUGGGACGCCACCACCGGCUUAUGCUAAUGAUAAGAAACAGUGAAAACAUAUUUAGUGAUAGGAAGAGGUUAUCGGUGAAAUAUAGGCCUUGUUUGUUGAAUCUCCCACCCAAAGAGGGUGUAUACGAAAAUUGCUCGCUAGUAGUUGGCGAUGAGAGUCCGGUAAUAUGCAGAGUGACUAUUGAUUCGACAUGUAUUCAUUUGGAAUUAGAUGAGCAGGAAGUAGCUCAUCAUAUGAAUUCUAGUGCUCAAAACUUGUUACUGGGUAUCGACUUUGGGGAAUCCAAACUUUGAUAAUAUUUCUCUAGUGAAAUUAUUGGAUGAAGAUCUGUUGAUUGUGUGUUUAAA